CGCACAACUCGUAGAGCAGACCCAUUCGCCGCCGCCUAUCCCUGCGCUACCUCCACCCCUUCGCCGCCGCCCUCCCAUCAAGCCGCCGCCGAUCCUGGAGCUACCUCCAUCCCUUCGGCGCCACCAUCCCAUCAAGCCGCCGCCGAUCCUGGAGCCAUCUACCCCGGGAGCGGCGUCUCUCGCUGCCGCUGUGACGGGAUCGCCGCCGCCGAAGUAGCAGAGGAGACGCCGUUGACGAGGUCCAAAGGGUGCCGCCACCUCCAGGAAAGCAGCCGUUCGUGGAACCAUACCGCUGCCCGGGAUCCACGCAAGAGGUCAGGUGCCGCCUCCAUCGUGAGCCAGGCCAAAGGGGACGUCGUCGACAUGCCGCCGAGGUCCUAUAGGAGCCGCUGCCACCUUCAUUGCGGAUCUCCAGGUCACCGUCGGGACACCACCGCCGAGGUCCGGCAUUGACACAGCCAUUUACCACGGUACGUACAUCUAUUGGGCGCCAUCCCGCCUUGUCCGAUCUUAGCAGUUGCUUUGAUCCCCUUCUCCGUGUGCUCGGUAGUCGCGCAGGGCGGCAUGGACAAACGGCUGCCUCCGGGAAGUCGGGAGUCUCCAGCUGCAGGGACGUCGCCGGCCGGGUUACAAUCCUUCAGAUCCAGCGCGGUGGGGUGCGGUAAUCAGAUCGGCUCCAAAUUCUGGUUGAUGGUCUGCGUCGAGCACGACAUUGACCCCACCGGCUACUAUGUCGGCACCUCCGACCUGCAGCUCGAGCGCGUCAACGUCCAACACAAUGAGGCCUCCUGCGGUCGAUUUGUGCCCCACACGGUGCUCAUGGACCUCGAACGCUGCACCGUGCCCUACAGCCAGAUCUCCCCCUGCAAUUUUUGUGCUCACCGUGUAGGUGUCUUCUCCAAGGCGUCCUUAGCCUCUGAACAUCCCGCUCCAUCAAGCAGAUAAGGACUGAAAUUUGCUGAUUUUGCUCAACAUGGUGCUGCUUGAUAAUACUCAAUCAAGAUGAACUGACCAUCAUUGCUGGUGUUGAUUACAGGUACAUGCACUGAAUUUUCCGUUGUGGCAAAGCUACCGUAUUAUAAUCUUUCUAAUUGUUGCUACCACAUUUCAAAGGAAGAACACACUGAUGCAAAAGAAUCUCAUUAUCUAGCCAUAUGUAAUCACACUUUCUUACUAUGCAAACUGUCAUAGGAGUAACCCACAGCAAUGUCACUCCAUUUUUGCUGUCUAUUAAUCUAUGACAAAGGGGAUGCGCUGGUGCCCGUGCCCGUUGCUAUUCAAACAAAGGAGUAAAUCUCGCAAUUUUCAAUCAAUAAAGGUUAUCUUUCCUAUGGCUUUUGUUAUUAGAUACAUGCAGAUGUGUGUCACUUCCUUAUAUCAUAUAUGGUUCCUAAAGUAUUAGAUGUUUCAUAUAACCAUCACUUACCUUUUAAAAAAAAAUGACCAUCAGUUAUCCCGUGAUCGCAUUGGCAGUCCUCGUACAUGUAUUUUUAUCUGCUUUAAAAAUUAUUGUGAAGCAAAAAUAAAGUUGUAUGUAAGAAUAUCCUAGAUUGUGUUAUCCCGUGAUCGCAUUGGCAGGGCCACACGUUAAACUCUUGUUCAUGUCCAUCCUUCCCAAGGGCCGCACUACUAGCAGUGUUCGGGCUGUCAGGGCAAAACCAGACAUGGUUAGCCACCUGCAUGUCCACCACCACGACCGCCACCUCCGUCUUCUUGAGCGGUGCCUCAUUUGCUGCCCUUCGCUUUAAGGCGACGAUUGGAUCAAUGAGGUCGGCGUUGGAUGGCGUUUGAGGUUUGGACAAGUACGACCGGACGGAUACCGGCAGUUUGGGGUCAGCCUUGGAUACGCCCUUACCAAUGCUCUUGUUCUUGUUCCAUACAAGAAAUCCCCUAAAAUAAUCUUUGGACAGAAUCCCCUAAAAUAUGAUUAGAUUGAUGAGUUCCGAACGGGACCUUGAUGGAAGAAAAAGAUCACGAACAGUUCGACUCGUUACCAUUGAGAUGUGGACUAUAGGAUGAUAUACCAGCUAACCACUCAAAUAAACUUUGGACAGAAUCGGUGUACAGGGUGACGGUUGCGCGUGUGACGGGCGGCUCUUUGCUUCACCGACACCGGUCUGGCCUCAUGUUUGGAUCAUGACCGCAGGUAUGUGGCCGUGCGUACCAAUCAAACGGGGUUCAGCAUGGUAGCUACAAGCCCUGAUGCUAGACGUUUGCGCUGAACUAGUCAAUGUGUAUAUUAAGUGCCUGCGGAUAUUAAGUAGGAUAUUGAUACGUCUCCAACGUAUCUAUAAUUUUUGAUUGUUCCAUGCUAUUAUAUUAUCUGUUUGGAUGUUUAAUGGGCUU